AUGCGGACACGAGGCAGCUCAACCAAUACUAACGGAGUCGGGGUCCAGGUAGAGGAUACAAGAAUAUGUGUGGUUAUGGUUGGGCUGCCCGCGAGGGGAAAGAGUCUCAUUGCUCAGAAAGUUGUUCGCUACCUUGGCUGGCUCAGCAUCACAGCCAAAUGCUUCAAUGUGGGCAACUACCGCCGCUCCGCGACUCCUCAGCCGAAUGCCUCAUUCUUCGACACUUCGAACAAGGAGGGCGAGCGAUUGCGAAAAGCCGCGGCCGAGGCAGCUGUUGCGGAUAUGUGUAAAUGGUUCAAGCAGCCGGACAACCUCAUCGCCAUCCUCGAUGCCACGAAUAGUACCAAGGCUAGACGGCGGUGGAUCAAAGAGCGCUGUGACGCGGAGGGCAUUGAAACACUCUUCGUCGAGAGCAAGUGUGACAGCGAGGAUAUUAUUAUGAGCAAUAUACUUGAAGUCAAGACCACGAGCCCAGACUACAUCGGACAGGACCCAGAAGAGGCGGCGAAGGACUUCCGCGAGCGCAUCAAGAUGUAUGAGCGCGUAUACCAGACACUUGACGAAGAUGAGGCAGAUUUGACUUACUGCAAAAUCAUCGAUGUUGGUUCGCAAGUCAUUAUCAACAGGAUCCAGGACUAUCUACAGUCGCGGGUAGUCUAUUACUUGAUGAACUUGCAUAUCAAGCCGAGGUCAAUUUGGAUAAGUCGGCACGGAGAAUCCAUGUACAAUCUCGGUGGUCAAAUCGGAGGCGAUGCGGAUCUGUCACCUAGAGGAGAACUGUAUGCCAAGAAGCUUCCAGAGCUCGUCAAGAACUCCGCCGGAGACCGCCCUCUCACCGUCUGGACGUCGACUCUGAAACGCACAGCACAAACAGCUCGCUUCCUUCCUUAUGAAAAGCUGAGUUGGAAAGCGCUCGACGAGUUGGACUCAGGUGUCUGCGAUGGCCUCACAUAUAAGGAAAUUGAGGAGAGAUACCCAGAAGACUUCAAAGCACGCGACGACGAUAAGUACAACUACCGCUACCUCGGUGGCGAGUCGUACCGUGACGUCGUCAUUCGCCUCGAACCAAUCAUCAUGGAGUUGGAGCGAUCUGAAAAUAUCCUCAUCGUGACGCAUCAAGCUGUGCUGAGGUGCAUCUACGCAUAUUUCAUGGGCUCGAGCCAAGAACAAAGCCCUUGGAUGGAAGUCCCCCUCCAUACUCUGAUACAACUUACCCCGCGAGCGUACAAGACGGAAGAGCAACGUUUCUUCGCUGAUAUCCCGGCGGUCAGUACGUGGAGAGGCAAGGGCAGUGCCGCCGCUCAUCAGGACCAUCCCGAUAGCCAGAAGGGUUCGCCAAUGCUCAAGGGAGAGACGAAGGCUUGA